CUCUCUCUCUCUAUAGUGUGUAGAAAAAACAAAGAAUCUAUACUUUCUAUGGCUAGAUCACACGAUAAGCAUCUCGGAUCUAGAUCGGAAUCAAUGGCGACGCUGCAGAAAUUCAAGAUGUUAGCGACACAAUGCGCGGUUGCCGGAAGUCCUACGCGUAGUCCUUCCUCAAGCCCUGUUAUUCACCUCCGCCGACGGAAGACGCUACGGAUGUUACUGAGUCGCGGCGGCGGCGAAACCACCCGGCGGUUGCCGCCACCUGAUGAGUUUGUAGAUCGGAGAGGAAGCGAUGUUGAUUCUUCGUCGGAGGAUGGGAAGGAUAACGGUGCAAGACGAAAGUUAAAGGACUUGUUUGUGUCGUCUUCGGUGUCUCCGCCGCUUGAUGACGGCGGACGUGAAGGGGGUGAAGAGACGAAUCGGUGGAGUGGUGACGGCGAUCUGAUUGGCCGGCGCGGUGGGUCAAGAAGAUUUAGGCAUUUGCCGGGGACGUUACGGCAGCGGUUACUUAGACGAGCAUGGAGGCCUGUUCUGGUGACAAUUCCUGAAUAG